AUGUCGGGAGAUCACUACCACCCUCCGCCGGGGGCAAAGGUCAUGAAGGGCAAGUACAAGUGUACCGGAGAGGAGCCGCUACUGGGCAUGUGCGAGCACGAGGAGGACUCCUCAUUGGCUGACGAGCUGUGUGACGCAAGCAACCUGGCAUUUGUGCGCUGUGUUCCGAACAGCUGGCUGGCUGAUUGGUCGGAGUGGGAGUACUGUGAUGACGAAGGGAAGACGCGCCGGAUCCGGAAGUGUUACUCCCCGUCCCCACACUACCAAGGGGACUGCUCCGAUAGUCCGGGUCCAAGGGAGCAGGUCAAGGACUGCGAGUAUUAG